AUGGCCAAGCGCACGCUGCUGCUGCUGCUGCUGCUGGCCGGGGAGCUGUGGCUGCAGGCCGAGGCCAGGGCGGCCCCCUACGGCGUGAAGCUCUGCGGCCGAGAGUUUAUCCGAGCUGUCAUUUUCAUCUGCGGGGGCUCCCGGUGGAGACGGGCGGACAUCCUGACCCACGAAGCUAUAGGGGAUGCCUUCGCUGAUGCUGAAGCCGACUCGGAGAGCCUGGCCAGUGAGCUGGACGAAGCAGUGUCCUCCAGCGAGUGGAUGGCCCUGACCAAGCCCCCUCAAGCCUUCUAUGGGGGCCGGCCCGGCUGGCCGGGAACCCCUGGUGCUCUGCGGGGUGCCCGUGAUGUCCUGGGUGGCCUCUCCCACAACUGCUGCCGGUGGGGCUGCAGCAAGAAUGAAAUCAGCAGCCUCUGCUAA